UCCGGCCUGCGGGGGAUGGUGGGGUUCCUGUUCUCAUCCACUUCCGGGGCUCGGGGUCAUCCGGUGACGUCACAGAAGCGCUUGUACAGGAUGCUGGCUGUAGGGGUCAGAGCCAGGAGCGCACUUCUCUCAUCUGUGUUUAUUCGCCAUGCACCACGGUGGAUGACAACUGCUGACACAGGGGGGGAUGCGGCAGAGAUCCAAUUGCCUGUGUGGAAGGAGCGCAAAAACGAAAAAACAGAAGUAAAGAGAGCGCGACUGUUGUAUGAGAGCCGGAAGAGAGGCAUGCUGGAGAACUGCCUGCUGCUCAGCCUGUUUGCCAAAAAAUAUCUCAACACCAUGACAGAGGCGCAGAUGUCACAGUACGACCGCCUUAUCAACGAGCCUAGCAACGACUGGGAUAUCUACUACUGGAUCACAGGGGCCCAGGAACCGCCAGAGGAGUUCAACAGCGAGAUCAUGGAUUUGCUAAAGGAAUUUGCCAAGAACCGAGAUAAGGAGCAACGUCUGAGGCAGCCAGACCUGGAGUACUUAUUUAAGGAGGCGCAGUAACUCACCCAAAGGAUUCUCGCUGCUGAUGGUGAUUACCCCAGUCGUCAUCAGCUUGUACCCCAAUCCUGCGCAGGCGGACAUGAAAGAAGACAAUAGAGUCAAAUCUAUAAUAUUAAUAAAGGAAAGUGUGAAUGGUGCCGAUUGAUAUUACUAUUUUAAAAAAAUAACUUGAAAAAUGA